AUGCAGUUGCCUUUAGUUGGAUUUGAACCUAUAGCCAGUAACUUACUUCCUCCCGACUCGAUAAUAUCUGGGCUUCCCAGAGCGAAUAAAAGAAUCACCCAACUCCUUGCCAAAGGCUCACCAACCAGCCUUGAAAGCUCGGCCAAAAAAUGGUCUCUUGAUUUCCUCCUUUCUCCUCGUUCGUUCCAUUCUUCAUCAGAAAAUCCCGGCCGUUUGUCACAUAUUACAUUCAGCCGUAACCAGCUUGAUCCCGCCGAUCCUUACUCACCCUCGGCAUCUAUUUCGCCCCAUUUGGCGGAUGAUGGCAAGGUAGCUCAUAUAGAUAUAUCGGCUAGCCUAUGCUUUAGAAGUAUAGGCUACAAAGCAUGUCCGCUUCCAGGGCUCGACGAGCUUGCUGUUCCGUUUGAUGCUUCCCGUGGCUUGAUACCAAACGAUGGCCAGGGAAGGGUUUUGACUACUAUCCCUUCAGCCAGUGAGGGCGAUAGUGUCCCCACCCAUGUACCCGGCGUGUACUGUGCAGGAUGGGUCAAGCGAGGUCCGACAGGGGUCAUUGCUGCAACUAUGACAGAUGCAUUUGCGACGGCUGAUGCCAUUGCAGCUGACUGGGAGGUACAUCGUGAUCGGGGAAGUAAUAAGAUGGAAUUUCUCAAUUCAAGAUCUGGAGAGGAGAGUACGGGUCUGGGAUGGGAUGGCGUUCGCCCCGAUGCCGAGAAGAGAGGUCUAUGGCCAACUAGCUGGAAAGACUGGGAGGAGAUAGAUCGGGUAGAAAGGGAUCGUGGACAGACCAGGGGUAAACCCAGAGAGAAGUUUGCGCUGGUCGAUGAUAUGCUUGGAGUUUUAGCAUAG